GCCUCCGGCUGGCGAGACCCCCGGGUCUGGUGCUGCCCCUCAUCCCAGCACACUCUGCACCGGAGCCCUUUGGGGGUGACAUCUGGAUUUAAACCUGCACUUGUGUGCUUCCCAGUGAGAAAAAACUUGGGAUCAGGAGAAGACUCCACGCUUAAGGAGACAGCGACAGCAGCAAGCAGCAAAAUGGAGUCCUUGUCCUACAGUGGAGAUUUGUCCAACAUCUUCUACCUUUACAACUACACCUAUGACUACAGCACAGCCAUGCCUGACACUGCUAUUUCAUCCUCUCCGUGCCGGCCUGAAAGCUCUGUCCUCAACAAGUACCUGGUGGUGGUGAUCUACUGCCUCGUCUUCAUCCUCAGUGUGGUGGGGAACGGGCUGGUGGUGCUGGUGGUGACCUCCAUCCACACCAGCCGCUCCGUCACCGACGUCUACCUGCUCAACCUGGCCGUGGCAGACCUGCUCUUCGCUUUGACCCUGCCACUUUGGGCAGCCUACCGAGCCCACGAGUGGGUCUUUGGCACUGUGAUGUGCAAAGCCAUCUCCGUGCUGCAGGAAGCCAACUUCUACAGUGGCAUCCUUCUGCUGGCCUGCAUCAGCGUGGACCGCUACCUGGCCAUUGUCUAUGCCACACGGGCUGCCACUGAGAAGAGGCACUGGGUGAAGUUUGUCUGCUUGGCCAUCUGGGUCUUCUCCACGCUGCUCUCCCUGCCCGUGCUGCUCUUCCGUGAGGCUUUCCACUCACCCAACAACGGCACCGUGUGCUACGAGCGCAUCAGUGGCGAGGAGACGGCCAAGUGGCGGGUAGUGCUGCGGAUCCUGCCGCAGACAUUCGGCUUUGUCUUGCCCCUGCUGGUGAUGCUCUUCUGCUAUGGCGUCACCAUCCACACCCUCCUGCAGACCAAGAACGCUCAGAAGCAGCGGGCCAUGAAGGUCAUCUUCGCUGUGGUGCUGGUGUUCCUCAUCUGCUGGCUGCCCUACAACAUCACACUGGUGAGCGACACCCUCAUGAGGACGCGGGCCAUUGCCGAGACCUGUGAGAGGAGGAACCGCAUCGACACAGCCCUCUCCGUCACACAGGUCCUGGGCUUUGCCCACAGCUGCAUCAACCCUAUCAUCUACGCCUUCAUCGGUCAAAAGUUUCGCAACAGCUUCCUCAAGAUCCUGGCGCAGCGUGGGCUGAUCAGCAAGGAUGCUGUUGCCCGCUACGGCCGCGCCUCCUAUGCCUCCACCUCUGGCAAUACAUCCACCACCCUCUGAGCUCUUCUGGGACCCAGCCCUUGUGGGCACCAGCAGGUCCCAGCACCCCACACACCUCAGCAUCCUCAUCCAGCCCCCUGGAAUGUGGGUGGUGAUGCCAUGGGGAUGGGCAAGGCCACCACUGGAGGCUGGACCCCAACUGGAAGGGGGCUUGGGUGCAAGGUGGUAGGACCUCAUUGCCAGGGGAGCGAUGUCAAGUGUCCACCCUGCCCUCUCUCUGGGACAAAGCCUGUGACCCUGUGGAUUCUGUG